CGGGUGCCGCCGCGCAUGCGCGCUGGGGCCAGAGGCGGUGGUCGCGUGCUCAGGGCGGGCGGGGCUGCUGAAGGGUCACCGCCCUCAGGAAGCGUGGCUCUUGUUCCCUCACGGCAGCCGUCCGUGCGGUCUCGGCUCUCGGGGCCUGCUGAGGGGCCGCGGCGCGGCAUGGAGCGGCCACGGCGGCAGGGCGCUUCCCAGGACAGAAGGCAACCGCAGAAGAAGCGGCGUCCGUCGCCGCUGCCGGGCGCUGCCCCGGACAGGGCUGGGAGCCGGGCCGGUGUGUCCCGGCCAUGCCGCCGGCGCCUCUUCGGGAACGCAGGGCCCCCCGGGCCGCAGCCCGGCAGCCUGAAGGGAAGGUCCUGUGUCAAAAGCCUACCAAAAAUUAAAGAAAAUCUUGAAGUCAGCCAAGUGAACCGUUCAUGCAAUCAAAGCAAUCAAGUGGAUGUCCAAGAAACAAUAGACCUGGAAAAAAAAGAAGAGAAAAUGGAAGAAAGCACUGUAUCAGUGAAGGAAUCCCUGAUCAUCAACUUUGAAAGUAAAGAAAGUCUGAAAAAUCCUGAAGUGACUUCAAGUACAGGAAUGACUCUUCCCACAGGUGUUUCAACCUUUCUCCUACAGUGUUUAGAUGAAGAUUCAACUGCAGACUAUAACACAGGUUCUAGUGGCAGCCUGAACAGUUGCUUAUCCCCUGAAACAUUCAGAAAUAAUAUUUCAGACUCUGGCAAAUAUAAGAACUCUACUCUUCUGGACUCCAGCAAAGCAGUGACCAUAGAUAAGAUACCCCGGAUCUCAAGUCUUUCACCAAUAUCAGAACCUGUACUGGAGGAUUUUCAAGACCAAUAUGCUAGAAGAAAGAGACCAUCGAAUUGCAAUUACAGUUCAUCAUUAAAUGUUUCAACUACUGUGGCAGGAAAAAAAGUCUGUAAAAUUACAGCUGCAAGAGAGAGAACUCCAGACCUAAAAACGGGUAUGCGCUGUUCUUCGCCGUUAGGACCAGCAAGAAAGCCUGACAAUCGGACUGCUGAAACCAAACGGCUGAAGUGUAAGGAAAAACAAAAAAAAAGUAAUAAGCUUGAAGAAGGUCAGCCUGAUGCUCCAGGAAACACUUCAGCCAAAUCAAAGGGGUCGAUGGCAGAAGUACCGCCAGCCAAACAGACAGAUGCGGCAGUGCCUCUGUGUGGCAAACGAGAAAUCUGCUGCAUUGUCAGAACUUCACCGUGCCGGAGGCCUCCCAGCCCUCACCAAACUCCAGUUAACACAAAAGCGUUCAGCCCUCCCGAAGGAGUGCCCGAAGAUAUUAUUACAAGUACGAAAAAUUGGAUCUGCUGUAAACACAGAUGAAAUUUAUGGAUUUCAGCAAGAGAUUUCAGCAGAAGAAAUAACUGUCUUGAUACAGAAGAAAUAACUGUCUUGAUACUGUGGCAGGGAAGUGAAACAGAAAUACUAACCAGUAAUUAAUGGCUGUACCUCUUUGGCAUAUACAUUGUUGGAAAUUUAGUAUGAUGCAUUGCAGUAAGCUUGCAAAUACUUUACUCAAGCGCUUAAUAUUAAAUUAUUUUGUACAAGCAACUAGAUCUUAUUGUGGGUAUUUCUCUGUAAGGACUCCGUAAAGAUGAUUCUUCAUUCAGCUUAAAAAAAAAAGUGUGACUUGAGAACAGCAGACCAAAUUGCAUUAAUGGAAAUAUUUUUGGCUCUUGCUGUGCCAAGAUUUCUAGGUUUCUCUAGUAGUGUUAGUAUCUAAAGAUGUGACCCCUACUAGAGUUAAGAAGUGUUAAUACAGUUUAUAAGGGCAACUACAAGUUCUGAAAAUGGGUAUGUAAAGCAUCCACGUACUCUUGGCGACUCAAAAAAUCAAUAGUACACCACCAUUAAACUCCCUGAACGCUUAGGUCUGCAGAACUUUGGAGGCACAGGACUCUGUGUGUUCUGCUGUAAAUUGAUUUCUAAACACGAAUAUGGGUCGUCUUCACCCUCCUGUCACUGCAAGGUGGCUUUUUGUGAUCAGCACUGUCGCCAUUCUAGACACAUUCACUACCCAGCCACUGUUAGCUCGGAGUCCUUCCCAUUUUGUCUUGGUUUUGUAAUAUCACUGAUCUCACUCAGUUUCUUCUAGCGGCUUCGGACUUGCACAGAGGAAGUAGGUACCUUACGUGAAUAUAGGGUUAGAAAGAAUCCUAUUGUAGCUGAACUGUCUAAAGAGCUUGAUAGUGGUGGUCUGGAUAUUCAGGUUCCUGCUUACACUACCUGGCACAGAGGUUAGAUUCCCAGUGCUUCCUGUGCAGCUUGUGGAUUGUUAAUCCAUAAAGGUUGUUCUUCAGCAGUGUGCCAAACGCCUCAGAAAACACUGACAAGUACAGAGGUUUUUCUCCACUUGAAUUUACUGCAGGCUAAAGUAAUUUGGAUCCUUGCAGUGUUCUCACUACAGCACCCCUUGCUCAGACUCUUUUUGUAGACAGAAUGGGAGUUUUUCAACGGUUUUAAAAUGGCACUGUGGCUUUCCAAACCACUUGAAGUCUGAGUUUGUUUCUCAGUAUUACCACCCAGAAUGUUUAUGCCCUGGAAAAUAGUUCCGUAUUUCCCAAAAGUGCAUGUCAAGAAGACUUAGAAAAUUCUCAACUGUAAUUAGUUUCACAGGUGUUUUCAAAUGUAGUUAAAGCUCAGACCCUGAGCCUUUUCCCUUUGCUCUGGGGUAGAAGGAAUUGUAAAUGCACGCAGCUGGAUUAGUUUAUGAACAAGUAUUGUAUAAACAUAGAAUAUGGCUCAAGGUUGAAAAUGAUGCUGUUAUUUUUCCUUUAAGCAUUAGUAGAAUGAAGUCUGCCAAUAACUCCUUGGAGUCCUCUUGGGUAUGCUUCUAAUUAUCAAUAUCCUUGCCAAUUAUCCAAGCCACUGGUAAUUAUGCGAUCUAGAGCCCCUAGGAGAUAGAGGUGAGCUCUUUGAUGUGCUUUAAGCAAAACUGAAAUUUCUGCAUCGAGUAAGGUAUGGUUGUUCAAGUAUGGGAUGGUUCAGAAUAAAAGAGGUGUUUAUCGUAAGGAUAUUUUAAGAGUCUUAGGAAACAACACUUAUUUUGCCUCAAACCAUUUUGUAGCUUCUAUACAAGAGGCAGACUAAUACUGACAAACUAACUGGAGAGUACAAGAGAAGAAAAUAUGGCAUGUAACUCUGGAGUUGGCUGUAGUAGCCUGAAUAUUGCUGAGUUUUGUGUUUUUCUUGAUGCGAUGAGGCGAUAUAGGAUGACAGAAGUAUCAUGAACCACAAUCUCUCUUGUCUUUCCCUUCAGUGAUGAAAGCGCUGCUUCUUAUUUUCAUCUUUUGUCUGACUCUUGGAGAAAGUGUAAUUAAUUACCAGGCAAGCUCUCUGCCCCAGGGAAGGAAAUUUUAUUCAUUUGGAGGCUGUAACAAUAUCUACUCUUGUUCUGUGUUUCUCAAAGGGAAGGCAUUUUCCCAUGUUUUGGUGUUAAACUGAAGAAUGACUACAUAACAUUGCAUUCAAAGUGGAAAUGGGCUCUUCCAUAUUAGUGGAUAAAGGUUAUGGGUCACAGCCGGUUAACGGAUCAGACAGAAGGGCUGAUUUGUGCAGUGAUUCAAGAGAUAAAUCUGUUCCCUGUCACAGGGCUGCUCUGUCACAGCCCAGACAUGAGGAAGUUGCAAUGGCUUGAAUGGAAUCUCUUAUAGCGAGUCAGUCUGUGCAAGAGCUGUGAUAAGACGUUAUCGUUAGGAAUUGUGCAUGGUAGGCGCAUGUUUAGUAAAUGUAUUAUACAUAAAUCUGUAAGAGGUUUUUCAUUAACACUGUUCAGUUCUUUUUGUUAUCUGAAGUCUACUCCUAGGAACCUUUGGCUUGAAGUGCUUGGAGACGAUGAAAGAUGUUUCUUGCACCAGAGUGCUGUAGGUGUAUGUAUACCAGCUGUUACACGCAAAUGGUUCUGCUUUAGUUACAGAAAGGACAGGUUUGGAGCCCAAGACAAGGCAUACUGAAUGGACACAUAAGUUGGAAUUCAGAUUCUCUGUGUAGGUACAAAGAUUUACCCACAGGGAGGUUUUUCCAAGAAAAUGCAUGAUUAAACUUGUAUUUAUCCAUUUUUUUUUCUCUGACUAUCCAUCCUCCACUCCCCUGAUUAAGGUAUGUCAGUCAGGCCUAGCAGAAUCACUUGCUAUUAAUUUAUGGGUUUUGGAACCGGUUGAUAUUUACUUUUCAAGAGACUCCGGCAGCUUGCAUUGUACUGUAUUUGAGAUUAGCUAAAUCUGCAGUGCUGUAAAUUGUGAACUUGUAUAUCCUGGCCAUUUUUUUUCAUAGUGUUCCCUGAGGACUUUUUAUUUUGCAGAGAAUUUACAUGCCUGUCUUGAAGCUAGGAAGCUUUCACAGGGUGAAAAGAUGUAAAGGUUUGUCAUCUGUAAAUGUAUGGCAGGCAGGUGUAUCUUCCAUACAGAACAAGAGGAAAACGGUGCAUCUAAACAUUAAUUCCGAUUUUCUAUUAGAAUUAUCUUCAGCUCCUAGUAAGCUAAUAACAAAGUUCCUAUAGACUGCUGAUUGGGAGGAACCAUUAUAUUGAUACGUUACAGCUGCCCUAAGUUAUGCCUUUCUAAAACAAUCUGUUUAAUUUAAUCUUACAUCAUACACUGUUUUAGUUUAAUUCCAUUUUCUAGGGAAAGCAGAUGAGUCAGUUUUGUCAGUUCCUAAUUAAACUUCUAGGACUGUUGUCUCUGAACAGGGAGACAUUGAAGGAGAUUGUUAAAUGUUACGAGUGUUUCCAUCUCAUGUAAAUAUUUACUAAUAAAGAGUUUUGAAAAAUGCAAA